AACUCACACAGGGUCCCUUUCAACUACCCACAUACCUGUUUGCUUAUCCUCACGCUGAGAUGUGAGAAUGAAUGCAAAAAUAUUUGCUCCCUCAAAUACUUCCAAGAUUGUUCCAGAGACGUCAAUCGUCCAUGUCAUCGACUCCCAAUUCCCACUUGUCAACGACUUGCACUAACACCCCACAACCAAUCGCCGCCGAGGUUAUCCAUCACCAGACCGAACCGGCUAAUCCCCGGACUCUCCAGCUCACCUCGGACCAAUCAGAGCCAUCUUAUUCCUGGUCCGCAAGCAAAGAGAGGCGAAUCCCAUCCUCCUCGAGCACCGAAAGCUUCCCUUUGCCAACGCCGCCCUCUCGAUCCUCACACCCAAUCUCCCCUCCUCUUGAACCCGAGUGAUCGAGGCCGCCUCGUCCGCCGACUCGUCCACUCUCGCAAGAUGCUUCCCGCCUCGCGAUCCGCGGCCGCAAUGGCCCUCCGAGUCAAGCCCUCGAUGGCCAUUGCCCCCUUCCGAACCACCGCCGCCGCCUUCUCGACCAAUUCUCGUCGCGAUGCCAGUGCCCUGCAGACCCAUUCGGCCUCAUCGGGUCUUGCCAAGGUCCGCAAGGAGGUCCCUCUUCCCAGUGAGGAGGGUACCAAGAGCGUCAUCCAAUACGCCCUUACCACCCUCGAUGUGAUAGCCAACUGGGCUCGUCAGUCCUCACUCUGGCCCAUGACCUUUGGUCUUGCCUGCUGCGCCGUCGAGAUGAUGCACCUUUCCACCCCACGAUACGAUCAGGAUCGUCUCGGUAUCAUUUUCCGAGCUUCUCCCCGACAGUCCGACGUCAUGAUCGUUGCCGGCACCCUCACCAACAAGAUGGCUCCCGCCCUCCGACAGGUCUACGAUCAGAUGCCCGACCCCCGCUGGGUCGUCUCCAUGGGCUCUUGUGCCAACGGUGGAGGUUACUACCACUACAGCUACAGCGUCGUCCGCGGCUGCGACCGUAUCGUCCCCGUCGACGUCUACGUCCCCGGAUGCCCCCCCACCAGCGAGGCCCUCAUGUACGGCAUCUUCCAGCUCCAGCGCAAGAUGCGCAACACCAAGAUCACCCGCAUGUGGUACCGACGAUGA